AAAAAAAAAGAAGCUUGAUUCGUUGAAUAUGGGGCGACGCGAUUUGUCAGUCAUAUAGAUUCAAGUCGAGCUGUGGCUGGUAAUAUAACCUGAAGUCUUGUAGUCACAUCAGGCUCCCGCUCCUUUGAGAGAUGGAGGAGCUCUACACCUUGGAGAGGGAGGUGGGACGAGGCAGUUACGGUGUGGUGUUUGAGGGCCGUAUGGCCAAAACAGGACAGAAGGUGGCUAUCAAGCGCCUCCCCUGCAGCAACCCGGAGUGCAUUGAGCUCUACCUGCAGGAGCUGUGGGCCAUGAGAGCCACAGCCAAGAACCAUGUUAAUGUCAUUGCACUCCACAGCUGCCUCCAGCAGACAGGACCUCGGAGCCUGAAGCCCCUAAAACCUGGAAAACUGCCUCUGCGUCUGGUUGAGAGUGUGCUGAAGGGCAGUGUGGUUAGAGCACCACAAAGCGAGGAAACAAAUAAUGUCCAGUCUGACACCAAGAGGAGGACUAAUUCUGCCUCUAGACUUCAGGACAGGACCAACACUGUCCAGGCCAGAGCAAAGCUUCAGGAGAAAUCAAAUUCUGACUCCACAACCCCACAAAGACCUUCAAACAGAGCCAGGAAGAGACCAGCGCAGAGCGAGGAAGAGCAGCCCGGACCUCUGCGCUGCUUGGCCCUGUGGCUGGUGAUGGAAUACUGCGAUGGAGGUGAUUUAAAUCAGUAUCUGCUCUCCAGGCCCCCAGAUGGCCAGCGUAACCACAGCGUGGUACGACAGCUCUGCAGCGCAGUUUCCUUCCUGCACAGCCUCGGCAUCACCCACCGAGACCUAAAGCCUGACAAUGUGCUGGUCUGUGUGACGCCAAAGGGCCCUGUUGUCAAGGUGGCAGAUUUUGGUCUGAGCAAGAUGAGCGAAGGUGCGAUGGACGGCCAUCUGACCAGGCAGCACUUCUCCUCCACCUGCGGCUCUGACUUCUACAUGGCUCCGGAGGUGUGGGGUGGACUCACCUACACGGCCCAGGCGGACAUCUUCUCCCUGGGGGUGAUGUUCUGGGCCGUCCUGGAGAGAAUCACCUUUCUGGAAGAAGGGACGUCACAGGAGCAGCUGGGUGCCUACGUGUGCCGAGGCCGCUGGCUCAUGCCGCUGGGGGAGGCCCUGUGGGAGAACGCCGACCUCCAGCUGUGCAUCCCCAUGAAGUUUAAGAGGGCGCCCCCGCUGCCGCCCCCUCCCGGCCCGGCCAUGUGCUCCCUGCUCUCGGACAUGCUCGCCUCCGACCCGGACGCCCGACCCCCCGCCGACCAGCUGGAGGCCAGAUUGCGCUCGGCUCUCAAAGAGGACUCCCGCUGACAGAAAGCGCGCUUAAGAGACCAUAAUGGCUGUAACCACUAUAGCCGUUACACGGACGAAUUGACUGGACCCCCCGACUGCAGUUCCUCCACUAUGUGUAAACAUCGGCCACUUUGCUGCCUCGGGGAAGCUGGGAUAAGAAAUACGUAUGAUUAUGUGGGACUGAAGGUGCUAUUUUUGUCAUUGAAGCAGCCGCUCGGUUUGUAAACACUGUGGAAAGCAGCAUAAAGGGAAAAACUGGAGGCCAUUUCCAAUCCGGCCUCCAGAUCCUCUUGUGGAAAGCGGUCCAUUGACCUCGGACCCCCCGACUGCACUGCAGAUAAAACACUCGAUGGCAUUCAGACUCUGGCUGUCUUUCCUGUAAACACCACGCUGUUGCUUCAGGCCUUUAAUGCUCGACAUAGAAAAUCAAUUUCAGUACAUGUAUAAAGAGCUGAACUGAGACACAGAGGAUCGCUGCUGCUGCUGCUGCUGCUCGUCCUUAAAUGCGACUCCUCAUUAUAUCUUAAUUUAGGUAAUUUUUUUUGAUGGGAUUUGUGGACAUCAGAAUUUUUACUUGCUGAAAAUGUAGCUGGCAUCUGUCUUUAUGGUUUUUGCCCCAAAUAAUAACAUAUUGAUGUAGCACAGAUUGAAUAUAUCUUCAGAUGUCUUGAAAGAUUAUUUAACAAAAAACAAAACAAAACCUUGAAACAUGAAUAAUUUAUAUAAGCUGCAUUUUUUCCGUUUGUGGUGUUACAAGGUAUUUUAAUAUUUGUGCUCCGAAUACGUGUAAAUGAGGUGGACAUGAUUCAGAAAUACUACUACGAUAAAUACUUUGUGGCUUUAAUUCAAUGCUGUUAACAUUUCUUCUUCUUCUUCUUCUUCUUAAGCUGUUCUAACAUCUAAUAUCUGAGGUUAACCGUCCACUACUUAAAUUCCACAUAUCAACAACAUCAUUUUGACCAGUGGAUCCACAGAAUAGUUCAAAAAUAUCUCAAAUGUCAUCACCGCUCUCUGAAUUGUUGUGCAUGACGCUGCUCUCGUGAUGUUCCUCAUCAGAUAUUGAGCAGGUAGAAGUAACAGCGGUGGCUGCGGCGGAUAAAAUCGCUGGAAAAUGCAGCGAAACAGAAAGAGCUCAUCGGUGAGGAGUUAGUGGAGGACCAGAGCUUUGUUCAUUAGAGGCUUGUGGUCGACAUUUACUAGAACUUCCCCAGUUUGCUUGGUGGUAAAACGGCUAGUGUGUUUUAAAAAAAGCCACUUUUUGUAGCUUCUGAUGUAACAACAGAUAUCUGCAAAGUCAAUUCAAGACAUCUGUAAUUGCGUUUUGACUAAACAGAAGUCGAGUUAGAAAUAUCUACAGAGUCAUUCUGACUAGUUCAAAGCUAAUUUAGGAUAUUUAAAAAAAAAUAAAAGGGAAAUGCAGAUAUCUUGAAUUUAAGGGGGAAUUAAAGCUACCUUAUGAGUAGUCAGAAUGAAACUGGAAUUACAACUCGUCUUCAUUCAGCUGCAGAUUGUUGAUUUCUGCAAUGAGAAACUCCAAACACACGUAAAAGUGACAUUCGUUGUUGGAAAAAUGACAACAUGGAUUUCUAAAAUGUUGUUUGAAGCAUAUCUAAUGCGAGAUAUCGGCACCACACAUCUAGUCGAGCUCAUAAAGGUUAGAACAGGUUGCCUGCUUUCUGCACACGUCUGUUGUUUGUCGUAUUUCCUUCAUAUCUGAUUCUGAAUAUUACUUGAAAAUAUCUCAUUUUUCGGUCCGGAUUUGUUCCAUUUUUAAACGUUUCCUCGUUAUUUCACCGGCGUGCUUUGAGUCGGUAACAUAUAACCGUUUUAAACCAUCGAAGGCUUUAAAAGUUUACUAAAACUGCGCUACCGUGUGAGCGUUUCAGUAAAAUCUCGGCUCCGAAAGGACUCGGGGCGUGAAGCUCAGUGUGACUAACGAUGGCUAAUAUACCGUCCGCUCACGAACAGGAAAUUAAAGCCAGGCAUUAGGACUGUUGCAGAUCGCAUCCACAACGUUUAUUGCUGCUCAUCAGUCUUAGUCACGGCCUCCUUACUUUACUGUUCUUUUGUGAUGUAACACGGAUUGUGUCCAAACGUCUGCUUUUUAAAAAUCGACUGUUAUUUAAAUAAAGAUGAAAUUGUGACAUCUCUAA